UCCCUUUCCCGCUUCUGUUUUGGGGGCAGGAGAGGCAGGCCGAACAGCGCCGCGCGCAUGCGUAGUUCUUCCUCCUCCACUGCCAUCUUGCUCUGAGGAGGAGGCAGCGGCGGCGGCUUUGCAGGCAGUGCCUCUGCCAUGGGGAACACCACUAGUGAGAGGGUAUCUGGGGAACGCCACGGCUCCAAGUCUCAUCGUUCUGAUGGAGGUAGCAGCAGCCAACAUGCCAAGGAUCAUUCAAACAAGAUCAUGGUUGGAAGCACUGAUGAUCCCAAUGUUUUCAGCACACAUGAAUCCAAGCUUCCUGGAGAUAAGGAAUUUGUGUCAUGGCAUCAUGACUUGGAUGAGUCAGUAAAGCCAUAUCAACAGGCUCGUCCCACUGUUAUUCGUUGGACUGAUGGGGGCAAGGAAGUCUUCAUCUCGGGAUCCUUCAACAACUGGAGUGCAAAGAUACCUUUAAUUAAAAGCCACAAUGACUUUGUUGCUAUUCUGGACCUUCCUGAAGGGGAACACCAGUACAAAUUCUUUGUGGAUGGCCAGUGGGUUCAUGAUCCAUCUGAGCCAGUGGUGACUAGUCAGCUGGGGACAAUUAACAAUCUGAUUCAUGUCAAGAAGUCUGACUUUGAAGUGUUUGAUGCUUUAAAGGUGGACUCCCUGGAAAGUUCAGAGACUUCUUGUCGAGACCUUUCUGGCUCUCCUCCUGGAACAUACAGCCAAGAAAUGUACGUCUAUAGGCCUGAGGAGCGUUUCAAAUCCCCACCGAUUCUCCCUCCUCAUCUCCUCCAGGUCAUCCUUAAUAAGGAUACUAACAUUUCAUGCGAUCCAGCCCUCCUGCCUGAGCCAAAUCAUGUGAUGCUGAACCAUCUGUAUGCACUCUCCAUUAAGGAUGGUGUUAUGGUACUCAGUGCCACCCAUCGCUACAAGAAGAAAUAUGUUACUACCCUGCUGUACAAGCCCAUUUGAGUCGGGUUUUUCCUGAUCACUGUGGGGACACAGAGACUGCUGCUUUUCCCUCACACAUUUCAAACAGGAAACUAGCCUCCAGGCUCCUUUGUCAGGGGCAAAAGCUCUUUAUGACACCAGUCCUAUCUCAGUUUUUAGGGCUGAUUGAGAACAUUCUUUCUUGGUAACUAUUUCUGCUAUGCAACUUGCACCUGUCCAUAGCACACAACUGAUAGUUUCAACAGUUUAGGUGCAUUGUUUCCUGUCCAGUGCUGACUGGAAAACUGCUUUUCCUGGAUAAUAUUAAGAAAAGAGGAGUUUUUGAUUUCUCUCUUGGGUACCUACUUGUAAUCCCCCCCCCUCUGGUUACAGAGAGGUUGCUAGGAGUACCGUAGUCCACUGUCAAAGAAGAAAUGACUGAGUCUGCUGUGAAGACUCAUCUGCUUCCAAUAGUUUAAUUAUAAUUACUUUGUAAUUCCAGGGGAUUGAGCAGAAAGGCCUCUGUUGAAGGUCAUGUUGUCAUGAGAGUAACUACUAGCUGUGAUGGCAGUGUGGCAUCUCCUAGCUAAAAGGUUAUAUGACACUAAAUAACUGCUGUGGGACAUUGGCAAGCUGUUGGCUUCAAGCAUUGGUCUGACUGCGAUGGGAUGCAGGAUUCAGGACAAGACAGACUCCUAAAAGGGCUGCUUUUAUUUUAUAGUACCUACUACUGCAAGCCCAUGGCAAGUGCACUCAGGGCAAUGUCAGUGUGAUGCAGUGCUUCACUGUAUGAUAUAUGUGCUUGCUGUGUGGUUGUAUGAUCAUUAAUUCUGCCAAUUGGAAGUGCAGCAAACAGAAGCAGCAAUAGUGUUAUUGGGGUUAUGUGUGAAGAUACCAGAGUCAUACCCAGAAGGAAGUAACCGGAGUGCAGAGUGCUGUAAAUACUGACUUUUGGGGAUGUGUCUCGUGUGCUGAACUAGACCAAAGGUCAGUCUAUUUCAGCCAAAUGUCUCUGGGAAAUGAAGGAAGAGCAAGAUAACAAUCCUGACUCUCACCUUAAAGUUUAUGUGUGUAGCUGCUAUGUCCUUUGGUAGCUGUAUUCAUGGAAGGAAUUGUUUAAGAAGAAAUGCUGUGGUCUCCUCAUUUUUCAGGAUUUUUGCUUCCAGUGUUUCUGCUUGUAAACUGUUUGUGGAUCCAUUCACAAUUAAGUACAGCUCUCUUUCAUUUUAAGGAUCAGAUCUAAGAAUAGUUCUCAAUGCCUAUAAGAGGUGUUAAAUUUAUUAUUGAGUACUAGAAUCCUACAGGAAGAAGUGAGGUCCAUAUUCCCAGGACUUGUAAACCCUUAAAUGGGAAACCUUGAUCUCUCCUCUUUUGACCUGGUACUAAAGGGGUUCUUCAGUGUUUUUCCUCCCCUCUGUUUCUGCCUUUUUCUUUCCUAAACUUGUCAAAUGAAGAGGUCUUGUUGGAUAGGAAGCCUAAGCUUGGAGCCGAAAUUUGCCUACUAGCCGUUGCAUGUUGUAGUUGCUGGGAUUUUCUUGGACUGAGUUUUUGUCAGAUUGUGAGUAGGUGUAAAUAAGAAUAUUGCCAUCUUACCGAAUCAAAUUGUAUUCCUCGUCGUGUAAUCAUUUGAAAUCCAAAGCAGCCCUUUUUAAGUGCAGGGUUUUGUACUAGCUGGUUGCAUGUUUUUGCAUUGGCUGGAGCUGCUGAGUUUUAACCCAUUCAAACUGAUCCCUUCCACUGCAAAACAAUCCUACAAGGAUAGAGAGAUUUGUUUGCCAUUAAUGGAGAAGAAACCACAGUGAAUGACUAAGCUGGUUAUAUCCCAUCCAGUUGCUCACUUCCUUUACUGGCAGGAACACACCUUUGCUUGUGCUAGUGACAGCUUUUCCUGCUUAGGUUUAGUUCUCUGAGCUGCCUGGGGUGAGGUACCACUUUGGAGUUUGCUCUGACUUGCUAAAAUCUAGGCAUUGUGUGAAGGCCAUCAUAAUAGUUGUUGUGGCUUGUAGAUAGCCAGAGUGUCUUGUUAUAUGAAUGUUAGCUUGUUAAAAUCUGAGGCAUUUAAAAUACAAAGACACCUUGAAUAAAUGUAUGUUUAAAAGGAAACCUAUUUAGAUAUAUUGAAUACCUUCAAGAUACCUGAAAGUUAUCUGAUAAGCCAGCAUCUUUUGAGAACCGCAGCUUUAACACUUUAGUUACUAUCUUGAAAUCUUACGUUAGAUUUCAGAAUGGUAGAGGUGCCUCUGGAAAAAAGAUGGUCACUGGAUGCUUUGAAAAGAACUUUGUGUCCUACUAAUGGGCCAUGUAAUAAACCAAGCCUAAGCCAACGGUCAGUAGUACUCUCGUUCAGUAAGCUGACGAUUUAGGUUCAAGGGUAGAAAUAUAGAAUGAUUUGUGGCAAGGUAAAAUGAGAUUGAUGCUAUAAACAGCUAGAGAAAGGCCAGAGCUUAGGACGGAAAAAUACAGAUCCCCUGUCCAAGAGAAAGGACUCCUGUGUGGUUUCUGCAUAUAUGAGGCAUUAGGAGUGUUUGGUCUUUUGCUCCUUGUAGAGCAGUGGUCCCUAACCUUUGGGCCUCCAGGUGUUUUGGAUUUCAGGUCCCAGAAAUCCCAGCCAGCUUACCAGCUGUUAGAAACUGUGGGAGCUGAAGUCCAAAACACCUGGAGGCCCAGAGGUUGAGAACCACUGUUGUAGAGCCUUCCAGUUUCAUGGCUAUCAGAGGGGCAAGCUCUUUCUGCCUAGCCUCUGGUAUCAGCCUUAUGUAGCUACAACUAUUUGCCAUCAGUUAUUGAGAAGAGAAAGCAGAUAGCUAAUAACUGUGCCGCUCUAGACUUGUUACUUGUGCUCAUCUGGGUCCUACUGUAGCAGAAAUGUCUGCUCUUGCUCUCUCAUCUGAUGCUCAUGUUGUUCAUGGAUGGGGAAAUUGAACUUCAUUUCCCCCAAGCCCUUUCUCACAUCUAGCUACUAACAAAAAGCAUUAUUUCUGUUAGGCACACUAAGAUGUGGGCAGAAACGGGGAAUUUAUAGCUUUUUAAGAAACUAUAACAACUAUCCAUUUGGGACUUGAUUCUUUGAAUAGUGGUCAUACUUGUCACUAAUUGGUGAUUGUUGUUGAAGAAAGAAAGUAGCAAACAUUUUUCUCAAAAACAAACUAAAAGUUAUGUCACGUUUAUUAUGUCAAGUUUAUUAAAUGAAAACCUAACUUAAUUCUGCAUGAGUAAUAGUGGAUUUAUGUUAGUUUGAACAAUGAACGCAGGUCUAGUCACAUCUUGAUGAAAGAGAAAUGGGCAAGAUCACAGUUUCUGUGUGGCUAUAUGGCCUGUAACAAAAGGGUUAUGUUAGGAUGUUGCAGUGUUUAUGUGGGCAUAGGGAAGAAAAAAGUAUAGCGCAAUUUGGAUAUGCAUUUCCAUAUCUUGUGUGUGUGUGUGGAGGGGGGGGGCAGAUAGCAUUUUGACUAGAUCUGCAAAGCUGCCCUGGUAUAACCUGUUCCUUGGACUAUUACUGCAUCUAUCGUGUGAUGAAUACCUUUAUAAAGGAAACAGUUGUGUCUGUUGUAUUGCAUGACAUCUGUUUUAGUCUAUCCAAACAUAUCACUGUCUAGCAUGAUGCUGGAACUUCAAUAAACCAACAGAUCUUGCUGCUGCUUGAUGGUGCAAAAAUAUUGAAGGUGGGGGGCAGAAUGACAUCUGGUGGGUAAUAACAAGUGGGCAGUAGCCUGCACUCACACUAUGGGUAACUAAUUAGUUAUAUGGAUUAAUAUUUUAGAGCAAAACAUUUUUUUUAUCGUGUCAGAAGCAAAUUGAGGCAAGUUGCUUCUGGUGUGAGAGAACUGGCCGUCUUCAAAGACGUUGCCCAGGGACACCCAGAUGUGUUACCAUCCUGCAGGGGGCUUCUCUAAUGUCCCCACAUGAACUAGGGCUGACAGAUGGGAGCUCACCCCAUCUCACGGAUUCAAACCGCCGACCUUCAAGUCAGCAGUUCAGCCGGCACAAGGGUUUAACCCAUUGCGCCACCUCAGCAAAACAUUACUCAUGGGGCUACCAAAAAAGUGAUUAAAAUAACACAAUAAAAUAUCUACCAGCACAAGUACUUACAUAAGUACUGGCCAUUGGAUGGGAGGGAACCAGCCAGCCAGACACAGCUACAUCGUGUCUUGUGUAUUACAUUUAUUUAUUUUAUGUAGAUUAUAAGCUUGAGGGCAGAUUAACCUUUUGUAAGCUGUUCCGAGUAUCUUUAUGGCGCUAAGUAAAUAAUGCUGGGAGGGGAUGUAUGUGCCAGUUUCCAAAUAGUGCCAAGUGCUCAAGAUGUGCUAAUGAUGAAUUUACAUUUUUCUUCUACACCUCACCCAAGUCCAUUUCAGUAGUUUAACUUUGAGGUUUCCAGGCAUCUAGUAGAAGAUCAGAUGGAGCCUAUAGCAUAAAAAAAUUACUGGCCAAAAUAGUAACCCCUAAGCCAUAACACUGAGCACUAUGCAUUGAGAUAGAAGUAGGAUCUCCGCAGACAGCUAUCUAAAUUCUCUAUCCAGAGAGGCUAUCUGAAUGAACCAAUGGCAUCACAACUUGAAUAAAACUUGUCCAUGAGCAUAGACAGGGUUAUCUCACUGUCAUUAAAGUGGAUCUAGAUCCUCCACCACCACCACCCAGGCAGGCGUUGAAAGAAUAAAGUGUAGUAAGAGCAAGCCAGGAGAGUCCUGUGUAAUAUUUUACGUAUUUUAAUUGUGGAAGGUGUUAAAUCAUUUUAACCCAUUUGUAUGUUUAAUUCUAUUUUAAUAUUUAUAUAGUGGAGAUUUUUAAGUGUAUUGUUUUUUUAAUUGUUAUGAGCUGCUUUGUGUCUCAGUCACAGAGAUAAAAGCAGGAUAUGAAUAAAUAUAAUAAUAACCACCA